AUGGGUGCUCUUCGUGGUCGCGCUGCCGCUUCCGCAUGCCCCUUCCUUGCCUUGGCCGUCCUCCUGGCACUGCCGGGCCUCACCGCCGGCAUCACCCGGCACUACACGUUCAAUGUGCGCAUGACGAAGGUGACACGGCUGUGCGGCAGCAAGAGCAUCCCGACGGUGAACGGGCAGUUCCCGGGGCCGAAGCUGGUGGCGAGGGAAGGCGACCGCCUCGUGGUCAAGGUCCACAACCACAUCAACUACAACGUCUCCUUCCACUGGCACGGCCUCCGGCAGCUGCGGAACGGGUGGGCGGACGGGCCGUCGUACAUCACGCAGUGCCCGAUCCAGCCAGGGCAGAGCUACACGUACGACUUCACCGUCGCCGGGCAGCGCGGCACGCUGUGGUGGCACGCCCACUUCUCCUGGCUCCGCGUGCACCUCUACGGCCCGCUCCUCAUCCUCCCCAGCCGCUCCCAGGGCUACCCUUUCCAGAGCCCGCACAAGGAGGUGCCCAUCAUGUUCGGCGAGUGGUUCAAGGCGGACACGGAGACGGUGAUCAACCAGGCCCUUCAGACUGGCGCUGGCCCAAACGUCUCCGACGCAUACACUUUCAACGGGCUUCCUGGCCCAACUUACAACUGCUCGUCCAAAGACACGUACAAGCUCAAGGUGCAGCCCGGGAGAACGUACAUGCUCCGCCUGAUCAACGCGGCGCUCAACAACGAGCUCUUCUUCGCCAUCGCCAACCACACGCUCACCGUCGUCGAGGCCGACGCCAACUACGUCAAGCCUUUCACCGCCACCACGCUCGUCAUCUCACCGGGGCAGACCAUGAACGUGCUGCUGACCGCCUCCACCAACCCCGCUUCCCAGGCGUUCGCCAUGGCCGUCGCCCCGUACACCAACACCCAGGGCACGUUCGACAACACCACCGCCACGGCAGUCCUCGAGUACUACGCCCCGACACGGCCGACCUCCGCCCGAACCCUCCCGCUCCUGGCCCUGCCGCGGUACAACGACACCAACGCCGUCGCCAACUUCUCCGGCAACUUCCGGAGCCUGGCCACCGCGCAGUACCCGGCGCGCGUGCCACGGGCGGUGGACCGGCACGUGCUCUUCACCGUUGGCCUCGGCACGGACCCGUGCCCGCCCAACCGGACCUGCCAGGGCCCCAACGGCACCAAGUUCGCGGCGUCCAUCAACAACAACUCCUUCGUCCGGCCCAGCACCGCGCUCCUCGAGGCGCACUACCGGCGGCGCUACGCCGGCGUGCUCAUGGCCAACUUCCCGACGACGCCGCCGCAUCCGUUCAAUUACACCGGUACCGCGCCCAACAACACCUUCGUCGCCCACGGCACGAGGGUCGUGCCGCUCGCCUUCAAUACCUCCGUGGAGCUGGUGAUGCAGGGCACGGCCAUCCAGGGCGCCGAAAGCCACCCGCUUCACAUGCACGGCUUCAACUUCUUCGUCGUCGCGCAGGGCUUCGGCAACUACGAUCCUGUGAACGAUCCGACUAAGUACAAUCUCGUCGACCCCGUCGAGCGGAACACCGUCAGCGUGCCCACCGCCGGCUGGGUCGCCGUGCGCUUCCUCGCCGACAACCCCGGUGUGUGGUUGAUGCACUGUCACUUCGACGUGCACUUGAGCUGGGGUCUGUCCAUGGCGUGGAUGGUCGGCGACGGUCCUCUGCCGAAUCAAGAGAUGCUGCCUCCACCGUCCGAUCUACCCAAAUGCUGA